AUGGCCGGCAGUGAUGAAGUAAAUGCUAACGAAUCAAAGAGGGUAGUUCCUCUUAACACAUGGAUCCUAAUCUCAAAUUUCAAGCUUGCCUACAACAUGCUCCGGCGACCGGACGGCACUUUCAACCGUGACCUAAACGAAUUCCUCGACCGGAAAGUGCCCGCCAACGCCAACCCGGUCGCCGGAAUCUACUCCUUCGACGUAAUCAUCGACCGCUCCACGGGCCUCCUCAACCGUGAAAGAACCGAGUCGGAAAAAAGGCUCGACGGGAAAUAUUUCGUGAAAAUUCAAGAUCGGGAUUGGUACUGGCGGGCCUAUUUGCCGGAGGGGGAGGAUCGAGAUCACCCGGCUUGUAAUGUGUUUGGGCCAAGGGCCCGGCCCAUUAAGAGUUUCGGGUUCCCCAAGAGCCUGGUUGUGGUGGCCGAGCUGGAUCUUUUGCAGGAUUGGCAAUUGGGUUAUGUUGAUGGGCUUAGGAAAAACGGCGUUGAAGUCCGGUUGCUUUUUCUCGAGAAGGCGACGAUCGGGUUCUAUUUCUUGCCAAACAACGAGCAUUUUUGUUGCUUGAUGGACGAGCUGAACGAGUUCUUGCACUCUUGA